CACCCAACGCGCUGAUAUUGAAGCGCCCUUCUCGGUCUCUUGUGCGAUAAUUUGCACAGCAAGAGAGAGAGAUCAGAGUGUGCGUCUCUCUUAAGUUCACUAUCAGAAGACCAUACAUACAUACAUACAGCUAGAGAGUAAAAAUGCCUACUCUCAGCAGCAUUGCGCAGAGUUUGGAGAACAAGAGCAUCUUCAUCACCGGCAGCACCGGCUUUCUUGCAAAGAUAUUUGUGGAGAAGAUACUGAGGGUUCAGCCACAGGUGAAGCGCCUCUACCUGCUUGUCCGUGCCUCUGAUGCUAAAUCAGCCAAGCAUCGCCUCGACGCGCAGGUGAUAAGCAAGGAAUUGUUCAGAGUCUUGAGAACUAAGCAUGGAGAAGAGUUCGAUUCCUUCAUUUCCGAAAAGAUUUGCCCGAUCGCCGGUGAUAUGGCAGUGGAGGACCUGGGGAUCCAAGAAACUCAUCUCAAACAAGAGAUCAUGGAGGAUGUCGACAUUAUUGCCAAUGUUGCUGCAACUACCACCUUCGAUGAAAGGUAUGACGUAGCUUUGAACAUUAAUGCCCUGGGAGCGGAUCGAGUAGUGGCCUUUGCCCACCGAUGCCAGAAACUGCAGAUGUUCCUCCACAUCUCCACAGCAUACGUUUGCGGGUCCAAGUCCGGUUUGAUGAUGGAGAAACCGAUCCGAAUGGGGGAAACACCGAACGGGCAGAACAACCUUGACAUAGAAGCAGAGCUGCGGCUAGCGGAGAAGGAGCUGAAGGAGCUCCGAGCCAGAGGAGUUGAGAAGACGGAAGAAAUGGCUGCCAUGAAAGAAUUGGGCUUCAAAAGGGCAAGAUCUUUUGGUUGGCCUAACUCAUAUGCUUUUACGAAGGCCAUGGGGGAAAUGUUGAUCGGUGAGUCCAGAAAAGAUCUGCCCUUGGUGAUCAUCCGACCAACUAUAAUUGAAUCCACUUUGGUUGAUCCUUUCCCUGGAUGGAUUGAAGGUUUCAGAACCGCCGGAAGCGUAAUCAUGAGCUAUGGCAUGGGCAAGUUGAAAUGUUUCCCGUCAAAUGUCAAUCUCCCCAUUGAUGUGAUCCCUGCUGACAUGGUGGUCAAUGCCAUGGUGGUCUCGAUGGUGGCACAUUCACGGCAACCGCAGUCAUUCAUCUAUCAUGUUGGAUCGAGCAAACAAAAUCCAACUACUACUUCACUACUAGCCGAUUGCGCGUAUCGCUAUUUUUCCAACAAUCCAGUCAAGGGAAAGGAUGGCAGGGACAUUAGUGUGGACAAACUUUUCGUCUAUAGUAGCUUGGACGAUUUCCGGAAGUACAUGAAUUUCUACUAUAAUGUGCCCUUACAGGUAUUGAGGCUGGCAAAUUUUGCACUAUUCAACGUUUGGGGGCGCUUGCACAGGGAUCUUACAAGGAAGUACAAUUUCGCCAUGUACUUGGCGGAGCUCUACGAUCCAUACGUCUUCUUUGAUGGAAGAUUCGACGAUGGCAACGCGGAGGGAUUGAGGAUGGUCAUGAAAGCCACUGGCAUGAAAGAGGCUGAGCAAUUCAACUUUGAUCCUAAAUGUAUUAACUGGGAAGAAUAUUGUAUGAAGGUGUAUUAUCCAGGACUUGUGAGAUAUGCGAUGGUGCAGAAGUGAAUUGCCAUAUGGGGACCUCAAAAUACUUUU